AUGCAAUCUACGAUAAAUCAACAUAGUACUACGUUUUUGAGUCAAUUACGUCGACCGGCUGCGAAUACGUAUAUAGAUGUCUCAGAUAGUGAUUAAUUAAAGAGCUAUUCAUUUCUAAAGAAGAAUGAAAAUAGAACGGAGUGAAUCACUUUGGAUUCGUAACGCAACUUGGGCGUUUUAUCUAGGACGUGCUUAUCCACUUAUCUUAUAUUUGUUAGCGAUAAAGAUGCCUCGCGUAUGUCAUUGAGGAGGCAUGCAAGUUUCAGUCGAUUUCAUCUCGUAUCUCUCUCGAAAAUCUUUGAUUUUUUUAUAAUAGCGUAGUAUAUCUAUGAACUACUAAUUAAAAAUUGUACAAAAUGGUGGUGAAAAAUUCGAUCCCUCAGCUGGAACAGCAAAUACAAUGUAUAAAGUAUACAAUAUUUUGCUUGAACAGCGUAAUGUGGAUUUUUGGAAGCGCUAUGUUCGGCUUAUCUUUAUGGCUAAGGUUUGAGCCAGUAUUUCAAGAUUGGAUAAUGUUCUUGGACAUGUAUGAAUUUUACAUCGGUGUUUAUGUAUUAAUUGCAACAUCCAUAUUCGUCAUAAUAGUUGCUUUCGUAGGCUGUGGCGCAGCUUUGAUGGAAUAUGUCCUGGUUCUCUUCGUCCACGUGGGCCUUCAACUAUUUUGUUUUAUAUGUGGUUUAGCAGGUGCAGCUGUUAUUCUUGAUUAUUCAACUUACGAUAGUCAAAUUCAGCCUAUUAUACGAAGAUCUAUGAAUAAUCUUAUCACUAAUUCUCAAUACGAGAAGGCAUCUGAUAUUCUUAAAUUGAUUCAAGAAAAUGUCGGAUGUUGUGGUGCUGACGGUCCAAUGGAUUAUGUGAGAAUGUUAAAACCUUUGCCAACUGAAUGUCGUGACACGGUUACCGGAAAUGCCUUCUUUCAUGGAUGUGUUGAAGAAAUCUCUUGGUUUUUGGAAGCAAGAGCAGGAUGGCUCGCUGGUUUGGCCCUCUCUUUGUGUAUGUUACAUGUAGUAUUGGCGGUACUCACUUUAACACUUAUUCGUGCCAUUAAAAAAGAAGAAGAAUCAGUCACAUACAAACAUUAAUUACAUUAAUAAUCAUGAAAUAUCACGCGAACGUUAACUUACAAUUUUUUUUCUUUUUUUCUUUUUUUCUUUUUUUUUUUUUUUUUUUUUUUUUUUUUGAUAAAUAUAUUUUAUACAAUCGAAAUUUUUUUUUAAAUAGUCGAAAAACAGUCGAUAGAAGAUAGUGUACUUUCUAUUGAUGUAAGUCUCUUAUAUAAAAUUUUGAUACAGACACUAUAUAUGGAAUUUAAUGCGCGAGAAAAAUGAAAAAAGAAAGUUCUGAAAGUAUUCCACUUCAUUCAUAUAUCUUAAAGUCAUAUAUCUGAAAUAUAUUUUAAUUAAUACUGUAUAAAUUAUAUAUUUUCAAUAGUCGGAAGAAACAUUUUCAUAAAUUGUUAACUAAAACUAAUUUUGUCAUGCGUUACUUUAUAUGAAAGUCCAUUAAUCGAUGAAAAUUUCAUACAUAGUACUUAUAUAAUGCAAUUGGUCCAAUUGUUGAUAAAUAAAAUCGUACACGCAAGAUGUGCUUCAAUAUGGAUCCAACAUAUAAGAAAAAUAAAAGGGCCGUCGUUCGUUAAACUGUCAUGCAUUAUUUAUUUCAUAUGUUUUUUGAUUGACUGUAUUAUUAAGUAUUAUAUAUCUAUUAUUUUAUGACCAAAUAAUACCGUAAGUGUAUGAUGCUUCAGAGUAAAAACGUUUUACUCACUGUAUAAUACAAUAUAUUAUAUGUUUAGUAGAUUUUUUAACACGGACUGUUUUUCUUUCUUUCUUUUUUUCUUUUUUGUUUCGCCUAUAAAGGACUCAUACGCUUAUUAUAUUUGCAUAAAAUGUUAGAUAUUCAUUAAACGCAGUUUUAAUAAAUGAUUUACACGUACAACGAUUUACAUAGACUAUAAUUAGGUUAAGCGUCAGUACCAAAAGCGAUUUAAUAUGUUUUUUGCAAAGUUUAUUUAUCCCUAAGAGAUAUACAAAAGAAACAUAUUUUUUGUUUGUUUUGUGUUUUGUUUCAAUUAUAAUUCCUUUGUAAUAACACAAGAAAUUCUGUCAUGAUUUUCAAUAUUUGUUUUUAUUAAUUUCCAUCAAAUGGAUACCUCUGAAUCAGUACAAUUCACUUUAACCAGCUAUGUUAAAAUUAUGCACAUCUGCAAAUCAGUAUUAAAAUAUUACAAUUUUAUAUUUUACAGUUUUCAUCCUCUAGCUCCCUCUAAAACAGGUUUUUGUUCAUAUAAUCAUACAAUGAUUCAUUACAUGACAAUGCAUGGGGGAAGAUGAAGAGCUUUAUGUUAAGAAAAAUGAUGGCUAACUGCUGAGCCAAAUCAAGGUGCAAGUCAGUCUGACCGUAAGAAAGCCUUUUUGUUGUAUUAUAUUCACUUCGCAUAUUGAUCUGGUUAACAAAUUCACAAAACAAGUGACCAGAUCUAUUUCAUCUGCGUGCCACUUACAUAGUUUGCACUAAUUUCAAUGAUAAGGAUCUGUACAUACUAAGUUCUAGGAAUGUUAACAUUACAAGAAACCACAAUAAUUUAUUAUAAUACAGCCUGCUGUACACCAGAUGACUCAAGGCAGUACAAAACACGCCCUACUUUGCUUUCUUGAACAAUUAAGGGAAUCAAAUGGUUUGGAUAGGAUUUAAGUAUUUCCUUUAUUGACAUAAUGAAUAUGAGAGGGAGGAUGACGAUGGUAAGGGCAGGGGGACCACUUCUACGCGUUAGGAAAAAAAAAAUAAAAUAAAAUAAAAAUUACAA